ACUCUUCACUGGGCAGAAAGUUAACUUGCAGGAGUCUGGGAUUUUCUUCAGUAGAAAUACCCCCACAAGUUUUAGAGACAGUAUCUGUGAAGUUCUUCAAGGAAUUGUCCCUCAUAGAUCAACAAUAUACCUUGGGCUUCCCUUGGGCAUUGGAAGAUCAAAGAGGGAAGCUUUUGACUUCAUCUU